AGGGAACUCUGACUCCAGAGAAUUCGAAGCGCCGCCUGGUUGACUGGCUUCCCUGCCAGGCCAUGUGGCCGGUCACCGUCCUGCCUUCCACCCUCGCUUGACGCGGGCAGCACGGGGUGAAAAAUUGCUUCCAGUUGGUCGGCUUCCAGGUCGAGCAUGCUUGGACAGCAGCGUGCUCUCGAGCCAGCAUUGCAGAGAAGGGCACGCGGAACAUUGACCCCGGCCCUGGCAGCCAGGGCAGUUCGGCCAAAGCGAUGAAGGAGGUGCUGGCCCCAUUAUGCCCACCGUGGAUGAUAUUCUGGAGCAGGUCGGCGAGUUUGGCCGGUUCCAGAAGCAAGCCUUCCUGACCCUAUGCCUGCUCUCAGCUGCCUUCGCCCCCAUCUACGUGGGCAUCGUCUUCCUGGCCUUCACCCCGGAUCACCGCUGCCUGAGCCCCGGGGUGGCCGAGCUGAGCCGGCGAUGCGGCUGGAGCCUGGCGGACGAGCUGAACUACACGGUGCCCGGCCCGGGGGCCAUGGGCGAGGCCUUCCCCCGCCAGUGCCGCGGCUACGAGGUGGACUGGAACCGGAGCGCCCUCAGCUGCGUGGACCCGCUGGCAGGCCUGGCCACCAACAGGAGCCACCUGCCGCUGGGGCCCUGUCGCCACGGCUGGGUGUACAACACGCGGGGCUCGUCCAUCGUGACCGAGUUUAACCUGGUAUGUGACGACUCUUGGAAGGUGGACCUCUUUCAGUCCUGCGUGAACCUGGGCUUCUUCCUGGGCUCUCUGGGUGUCGGCUACCUUGCAGACAGGUUUGGCUGAAAAUUAUGUCUCUUGCCCACCAGCCUUAUCAGUGCCAUCUCGGGUGUCCUCAUGGCCGUGGCGCAAGACUACCUGUCUCUGCUGCUCUUCUGCCUGCUGCAGGGGCUGGUGAGCAAGGGCAGCUGGACGUCUGGCUAUGUCCUGAUCACAGAGUUCGUGGGCUUGGGCUACAGGCGAACGGUGGCGAUCCUCUACCAGAUGGCCUCCACGGGGGCCCUGCUCCUCUCUCCACCCCCGGGACCAUGCUGAGUGAACUCCGACUGCCUGGUGACCUCGUGGCCACACAAGCCAUCCCCCAAAUGGCCACAACGCGCUCUGGGGAAGCCACCACAUAGGGACAUCGGUGUCUGCAGGUGGGUGCCCGAGUCUCCCCGGUGGAUGCUAUCACAGAAGAGAAACGCUCAAGUGAUAAAGAUAAUGGACCACAUCGCCCAAAAGAACGGGAAAUCGCCUCUCGCUGAUCUAAAGAUGCUCUCUCUCGAAGAGGAUGUCACUGAAAAGCUGAGCCCCUCCUUUGCAGACCUGUUCCACACGCCACACCUGAGGAAGCACACCUUUAUUCUGAUGUACCUGUGGUUCACCAGCUCCGUGCUCUAUCAGGGCCUCAUCAUGCACGUGGGCGCCACGGGGGGGAACCUCUACCUGGAUUUCUUUUACUCUGCUCUGGUUGAAUUCCCGACGGCCUUCAUCAUCCCCGCCACCAUUGACCGCUGUGGCCUCAUCCGCCCCUUGGCUGCGUCGAAUCUGGUGGCGGGGGCAGCCUGCUUCGUCAUGAUCUUUAUUUCACAUGAUCUACACUGGCUAAACAUCACAGUGGCUUGUGUUGGCCGAAUGGGAAUCACCAUCGUGUUCCAGAUGGUGUGCCUGGUGAACGCCGAGCUGUAUCCCACGUUCAUCAGGAGAGAAUGUGAAAUGGGAAGGUUGGAGUAGAGUGUGCAGCCGGCAAGCACAAGAGAACAGGCAUCUGCAUGGAGAGAGCCCUGGGCAAGGACUACAAGACUGAGCUUCAGCCCAGCCCUCAGCUCCGACUAGUUGGAUGAGGAAGUUGAGUUUCACAGAGGGAAAGAGAACUUGCAGGAGACACACAGCCAGAAAGUGGCAGGAUUCCCUUCCCUAUCUCCAGCACCUGGCAACCACUGCUCUGAUUUCUCUCCCUUUGGUUUUACCUUUUCCAGAAUAUUAUUAUGUAUACGAAGCAACAUGGCAUGUAUGUAGCCUUGUGUGUUCACCUCCUUUCACUCAGCAUGAUGGGGCCCGAUCCCUGUGGUUGCAGGCGUCCAUGCUUUGCUCCUUCUGAGUGCUGAGUGGUAUUCCAAUGUGUGAAUGAUGUUCCACGAUUUGCUUAUCCAUUGGCCAGUUUAUUGGCAUUGACUGUUUCCAGUUUCGAGUGAUUAUAAUAUAGCUGCUCAUAAACAUUCAGGUAUGGGUCUUUGAGUGGAUAUAUGUUUUCAUAUCUCUUGGAGUGGUUCAUAUGGUGCGUGUUUAAAUUUAUAAGAAACUGUCAGAAUGUUUUCCAAAAUGGCUGCACCAUCUCGUAUUCCACCAGCCACGUGUGAGAGAUCAGGUUGCUUGAUCUUGGUGUUGUCAGUUUUUUAUUUGUCUAAGUGUUUCUGGGAUGUAGUGGUAUUAUUAUUGUGACUUUAAUUUACAUUUGCCUAAUUACCAUCAAUGUUGAGCAUCUUUGUAUGUACUGAUUGCCGUCUGCAUUUUAGGAGACUUAGUUUUAAGUGAAGAUUGUUUUUAUUGUAAAAGUAAUUAACCACUUUAUUUAAAGUUUUAAUUCUGACCUUUGUUAGAAUUUGGUAUAUUUCCUUAAGCUCUUUUUUCUGUCUGUAUGGUUUCCUAUUUCCCAUGCCAUCGUGCUAGUGGUUUCUAAGAAAUAUUCCAGGUCCCCAAUCUCUUAGCUACACAGCAAUCUGAGCCCCUCAAUCAGCCAGAAGAUGCAAGGGUGACUCUGAUUUACUCUCCUCUUCCCCACCUGUCCUUCAUUAAAAGGCCCUGCCUAAUACUCUCAUCUGUAAAAGGUUGCUUGGACUGAGUACAAAGAGAUGAAGGCAAACUAAAGAGAAAAUCUUCUACAUUUGGCAGUCCUGAGCCCAGAGUCUAAAAUAGCUGGGCCAAACAAUUCCAUUGUCAUGGCCACCGGACCCAAGGGACUGACUGAAAAUGUAAACUGUCAAAGGUACUGAGUGCCUGCUCCUAUGUGGAAGAAGGCCAAGCAACCCAUCUCAAGAUCAACCCCUUGACCAUUUGUGCAGAGAGCUUGUUGAUGAGGAUUCUCAGUAACUAGGAACGGAAGCCAGAUGUUGAGAAACGACUUUAAACAUGAUCCACACACACAUAGCAAUAAGACAGUCGUGAAAGUGCUGGCAUUUUCACUAAAUGGAAUCAAAUCUAAAUCAUUAAAAAAAAAAGAGGAUUAUUGCAGUUACUUUAUUACUUUACAAGGACUACAAAGUCAAAAAAUUACUAUCGAAGCCAUUUUGACUGUGCUUCUUAUUCACAGGAGGUAUUAGAAGUGAACAGUAUCCUCCUUCUAACUACAGCACGUAUUGUCAAGAACAUUCUUUUGGCUUCAGUAGGCACUGCCUUGUGCUGAGAACUGUCUCUUCUUUUCGUCUCCUCAGUAUGGUAUGAACUCCCUGAGAACAGGAACGACGUACCAUACGUCUCUGUGCCUCUGCACCUGUUCUCCAGCUGUGCUAAGCAGUCACUAAGUGCUUGUAGAAUGGCUGAAUGAAUCAAGCACCACAACACCGUGAAUUUUACAUAAGGGACCCAGUUCCCUACUUCUUCUAGCUUCUGUGUGCUUAUUCAGUUUUUUACUUUUUUAAGAUGUAGUUUCUUAAAAUAAUAAAAAAAUAAUGUUUUUUUUUCAUUCUUGUCUUGGAAAUCACACUGAAGCUAUUAGAAGAAUGAGAAUAAACCCUGCAAAUGCCAGCUUUGAAACGAGGAUGACCCUGAAAGACAAGGUGUAAGAAGAAGGGCUGCCUAAUGCAGUGAGGUUUCAGAGGGUCUGGAAGAUUCCAGGGAUGCACACUGUGACAGUGACUCGUGGACAAGACCAGCAGUUUUCCACAGUAGGAAGCCUACCUGGGAGGGUAUAACCCACGAUCCCUUGUUUGCAGUAACAGGAUGGAUAUAGGGUCUCGAGACAUAGGCUUCAUUCCCUGAACACUGGGAGGCUGAAGGUGAAGCUGGGAGAGUGAGACCAGGAGAGAACCUUCAGGGAUCUUGGGGAUAGCUGUGUCCUGCAAGGCAGGGUGGAGGAGAGAGACCCUGCAUUGUGAGGAAUUCUGCACUGUCAACCCCUGUAGAUUGAGAGUGAGAGACGUUAAAACAUCUGAUCACAUACAACCCUGGUCAAAAAGAGAAUUUUUACUAGCCUAGAACAUGAUCUGGCCCUUCCCCACAAAUUCUUCUGAAAUGGUUGAUACAGGAAGAAAUCACAGUAUUAAAGAUGAAUAAUAAAAAAGUAAUUCACCCAGUUAUACAAAUACAUCAUGAGAGAAAAAGAGAAAGGAACAGAUAAAGCAAAUGACAGAUGAAGGAUACACUCUAGAAAAAUAUUGUCACAAAGGAGAUGAAAAUUGUAACCCCAAAUACCUCAAUUAAUGCAAAAUAUUAAUUAAUCAGUCAUAUUUAGAAAAUAAGAGUUUAAAGCAGAGAUAAAAGUUCCCGAGAAGAUAUGGGAUAAGAUGAUUGAAAUGGAAACCUAUCUGAAAGCAGGGCAAAGGAGAACUGAUCUCGUGAGGGAAAGGCAAGGCAGGGAUAAGAAUUGCAAAAUGAAAUUGAAAUAAGUGAAGUUUAAAAGUCUUGGAGAUCACAAGCACAUGCGUACACAUGCACUUGUCCCAAAGAAGAUAACUGAAAUCAUGGAACAAAAAACCUUCAAGGAAAAAAAAAAACCUUUACAGAAACUUCUGGAAAUAAAAAAAUGUUUUUAUGAUUCUAUGAUUUGAAGUGGCACUUGGUGAAACAGGAAAAACGGACUCAGAAGGAACAAUGAUAAAGAAUAUUCUAGUUAAGUUACUGGGCCCAAAGUGUAAGUCACGGAUAUAGGGAGAAUAUCAAGGAUUGUCAACUUGAUAAUCAUUGAAUGUGCGAUUAAAGUGAAUGUGAUUUUGACAACAGAACAGCAGUAAAUGUCAUAAAUCUGACAAUAAAGAAAUGCUAGAAGACAAGGAAGGGAGAGGGGAUGUUGCAUGUGGUAUAAUAGACUGGUUUCCUUAGUAUAUUUUCUUCAGCUUGGAAAAAAAUAUAUUAUUAAAGCUGAUAUGGGGCACCUGGGUGGCUUAGUGGGUUGAGCAUCUGACUUCUGAUUUCGGCUCAGGUCAUGGUCUCAGGGUUGUGAGUUGAGCCCCAUGUCAGGCUCUGAGCUCAGUGGGGAGUCGGCUUGGGAUUCUCUCUCUCCCUCUUCCCUCUAC